AUGCUCUCCAGAUCACUCUUAUUCACCAGUUUAUCGGCAAUUUCUGUCAUUGCCAGUCCAAUUACCCUUACUUCUACCUCUGCAAGCUCCACCACAACUCAAACCAUUAUCACUACCAUCACCAGAAGUGGGAUUUCUGGUACGGUUACCCAAUAUCCAGCAUCGACCACCACCACCACCUCCUCCUCCUCCUCCUCCUCCUCCUCUUCUUCUUCUAGUAGCAAAUCUUCUGUUGCUGCAACCACUUCUUCCACCAGCACCAAGGCUACCUCGGUCACUAAACUUGUGACUUCCGCCAAUAACAAAGCAGUUAUUGAAGCUGAUGAAGACCCAAAAACCUCCGCUAGCAAUAGUACCAUUACCUCCUCUUCCUCCUUGAGCACUGUUAGUGUGAGUCGUGUUGCAGCCAUUCCAACAAAGGAUGUCUCUUCUUCGAGUUCCAACAGCACUUCAACUAGCACAAAGCAUUCCAAAGGUGAUGCAAUGGGCAGAUACGUCGGGGCUAACCAGGGAUUAAUCGUUGCUGUAUUAGCAAUGGCUGGAGCUUAUUUGGUUUAG